UCACGCAGUCAGUAGGAGCUGAUUCUCUGUCAUGGUCAUGGAGAGGAGGAGGAAUACUAAUCCGGCCAUCACCGAUUCACCGCCGGAAUGACAUCUGGCAGUCAACACAACCAGCCCUACAACCUGCCCUCUCCGUGCGGCCGUGCCUCCUUCCGGUCAGCGACGCCUCCCUGCUCCAGCACUAGCUCCUGCGUCUCCGCCGACGACCAACGACCGGCUGCCGCCCCAUCCCUUGUCGCCACCAGAUCCACGGCAAGCCCCGUCGUCCUUGCUCUUUCCCCACGGGCCUCAGCAUAUCUACGCGGGCGGCGGCCUCUCUAUCGGCGGCCCACCUACCCUACCCGACCCUAGUCCUACCUAGCCAUGGUAGAGUCUGUGUCCUGCUACUGCAGGGUAGAUGGAGGCCUUAGAACUGUUGCCAAUGCUAGAAAGUUUGUCCCGGGUGCUAGGCUGUGCAUGCAACCUGACGUCAAACCGAACAAGCGCAAGUCAAAGAGCUCACGCAAGGAGAGGUCCCGAACUCAGGCGCCACUUCUUCCUGGCCUUCCUGAUGACCUGGCUAUUUCAUGUCUCCUGCGAGUUCCUCUAUCUGAGCACCCUAAUCUUCGUCUAGUCAGUAAACGAUUGAGCAGACUUAUGUCCGGGAAUUAUUAUUACUCACUGCGCAAGAAAUUUGGCAUGGCAGAAGAAUGGGUGUAUGUUUUCAAAAGGGACCGUGAUCAGAAGAUAUCAUGGCAUGCCUUUGAUCCGGUGCAACGGCUAUGGAAGUCGCUUCCUCCAGUUCCACCAGAGUAUUCAGAAGCCGUGGGCUUUGGUUGUGCUGUUCUCAGUGGCUGCUAUUUGUACUUAUUUGGUGGCAAAGACCCAACACGAGGAUCUAUGAGGCGUGUUGUGUUUUACAAUACUCGGACAAACAAAUGGCAACGAGCUCCAGAUAUGUUACGGAAGCGCCACUGCUUUGGCUCUUGUGUCAUAAACAACUGCCUCUAUGUUGCUGGUGGGGAGUGUGAAGGGAUACAUAGAACUUUAAGAUCUGCCGAGGUUUACAAUCCUAACAAGAAUAGAUGGUCUUGCAUUACUGAAAUGAGCACAGGGAUGGUGCCGUUCAUUGGAGUUGUACAUGAUGGAAAGUGGUUCCUAAAAGGACUUGAUUCCCAUCGCCAGGUCGUGAGCGAGGUCUAUCUGCCAACAUCCAACAUGUGGUCAACCAUUGGUAAUGAAAUGGUUGCAGGCUGGCGGAAUCCAAGCAUUUCUUUUAAUGGUCGUCUUUAUUCAGCCGAUUGUCAGGAUGGCUGCAAGCUAAGAGUUUAUGAUGGGGCCACAAGAUUGUGGACAAGAUUCAUGGACAGUAGGCGCCAUCUGGGUAGUUCACGAGGUUUUGAAGCUGUGGCUUUGGUCUCACUGAAUGGAAAGCUCUGUGUUGUCCGUAAUAACAUGAGCAUCACCCUUGUUGAUGUCUCUGAUCCAACAACUGUCAUUGAGAUUGACAGUGCCCGCAUGUGGGAAAUUUUUGCCCGGAAGGGCCAGUACAGGUCUUUCAUGGCGAACUUGUGGUCAGCAAUUGCCGGUCGUAAUUUGAAGACCCACAUUAUCCAUUGUCAAGUGCUCCAAGUAUGAGUAUAUCUGUCUGUUAAGUGGAUGCUCAAAUGUAUUUAUUUUUUGGUGGCAAUGAUACUCCGAUUUUGAAAGAAUCACUCAGUUAGAAGUUCAAAUAUGAGUACCAGUAAGACUGUACCCAGCAUUGUAGGAAAGGGACUGCAUGGUGCCAGAAUAAACAUCUAUUGGGUCCAUUCCUAUAAACUCUCUGAGAUAUUGACCAAGUUACAUAAUGUUCAUUAAAGAGGACUUCAGGCUUGUUUGUCUAUAAAAGUGAAGUGAGGGUAGUUUGUGAGAGGAACAGGAACCUUCCAUAGCAUCAAUAGUGUUUCCUUAAGUACUCAUGAUUUUCCUGAGCUGAUAGAUCAGGAACUUUGGUUAGUUGAUGGCGCCGACGAUAGGCAUCAGAAAAUGCACAUCAUCCUCAUAUUCAUGAAUGUGGUUUUCUUCCUUUUUGCCAUAUUAGGCAUGCCAAAAUAUGUAUGUUUUAGCAGCAGGCUAGACUUAAAAUGUAAGAAAGGAAUAAGAGUGUAUCUGGUUUGUGCCAAAACCAGCCCAACCAAAAGUUAGCUACCCAAGGUUUUGGUUGCCCAUGUGUUGGCCAAGGAUGGGCAACAAAAUUUUGUUUGGAUGAUUUAGGCACAAACCAAAGCACACCCAAAAUCUUAUGUGUGUGCUCUGGAAUCCUUCCUGUCUGGGAAGUUUGUGGAUGUAAUAUGGGUGUUAUGGUGGGAAAAGAUUAUCAUAUAGACAUUAUGUGUA